CAGCCUGAGCACGGACUCGGCUAUCAUGGCGCUGCGACGGUUCAUCGCGCGGCGCAACUGUCCCUCCGAGCUUCACUCCGACAACGGGACCAACCUGCGGGGCGCCGACGUCGAGUUGAAGAAAGCAGCGCUGGCGGCCAUGGAGGAGGAGGCGUCGGUGCGCUUCAUCCAGUGGCGGUACAUCCCUCCGAGCGCGCCAUUCAUGGGCGGCGCGUGGGAACGGCUGGUGCGGAGCGUCAAGAACGCGCUGCAAGUCACACUGCACGAGCGCGCGCCGAAAGAAGAGGUCCUCGCUACACUACUGGUCGAGGCGGAGCACACCAUCAACAGUCGGCCACUCACCCACGUGUCGACCUCUGCAGACGACGAGGAAGCCCUCACGCCGAACCACUUCCUGCUGGGCGAGCCGUCACGAGUGCCGCUGCCGGGAGCCUUCACCGAGGACGACGAGGCCGGCCGCAAGGACUGGAGGAAGAGUCAACGCCUGGCAGACAUGUUCUGGGCGCGCUGGGUACGAGAAUACCUACCGGAGCUGCAACACCGGCGGGAGCCCCGAGCCACCAACGGGGCCAUCAAGAAGGACGACCUCGUGCUCAUCGCGGACGGGACUCUACCACGGAACUGCUGGCCACGCGGAGUCGUCGUGUCUACCUACCCCGGUCCAGACGGCGAGGUGCGAACAGUCGACGUGCGCACCAACAGAGGGGUACUCCGGCGGCCUACGAAGAAAUUGGUCAUCCUGCCAGUCAACACUUGAACACGCAAGAUUCCAGCUACAAGAGCUGCGGCGGGAGAGAUGUUCAAGACUGUUUAGAUUAGAUGAUUGAUUUAAUUGUUUAUAAUUUGAGUUAUUGUUUAAUAAUUAAAGUUUAUCUAGUUAAGUAGUUCGUAGGUAGAAAUAUAUAAUAAAGUUAUUGUUUUUAGUUAGGUAUAAUGUUAGGUAAUAGUUUGUAAAUAUACCUAGUAUAAGUUGUUUAUUAAUAAAUAAACUAUGAGGCUUGUUAGGCGCGAUAAUAGAUAGUAGAUAGUACCAAUGAGGGCGCUUAUGGUGCAAAGCGCUCUGAUUGGUCGACGCAUUUCUUGCCCCGCCUCCCACCGCCCGCGCGGCGGAGAGCGCAUUUAAAUAUAGGCGGUCCGGGCCGCCUCGAUCAUUCCGGUCGCAGCCUCCAAGAAGCAAAGAAGCCUCCAAAUAAUAGAAGAAAAAAGCCUUCUCAUUACAAGCACCUGCCCUGCCCUACAAGAAAGAAGAAUCCCUGCUUGCUCUUCGAUCA